UGCGCAGUGGUUAUUGCGCAGGUCCGUAACACCCCCUAGUGAGCUCUCAUUGGUUCUGCCAGACUCUGCUUGUUAAUUGGUAGUAAUUUUUGGAAAUUAAACAAGUGGCGAGGGUCGGGCCGGCCUGGGCCACCUUCGGCAACCCCGCGUCGGCCAUUUUGUACGGCGAGGAAGGCAGGUGAUGGCGGUGGCAGCAGCGGUGUAGGCCUGUGCUCAGCCCACGCCCUUAGCCGCCUCAGCCGCCCACGGCCCACCACGAGGCGCCCACACACGCCUCAGCCCACUUACACUCCCUGGAUUUAUGAACUUCGUACUUGUUCAACUUAAUGUUCAUUAAACAAAAACAAGUAUAUUUGUAAAUAUCUACAAUAUUGUGAAGAGAGAGAAAAGUUACAUAUGUUACAGUCAGAAAAAAAUAACGGUUUUCCUAAGUACGGAAACUACUUGUGUAACGUUGCUUGUUGAAAGCACUCAGUUGCAGAGGGUGACUAAGUGAGGGACUGGGAGAAGGCAGGGGGCGACGGGGGACGGUGGAGGAGGAGGGGGGGAGGUGUCAUAGUCAAGCAAUCGCUCUCGUACGAAUUGCAAUAUCAUUGCAGACUUCAGCGUUGCAAGAGCCAGGGAUAAGCCAAAGUCCCUGAGUUCGUUCGUUGUAUGUGUGAUUUUAUUUAUUUUUUUCUGUCUUUAAAAAAAAAAAAAUGUUGUUUUGAAAUCGGAGUCUCGUUACUAUUGAGUCUGAAAUGAUCUGUCUUUAAAAGAAAAAGUUAGUUGAAAAUAACUUGACAGGAAUCGUGAGUCGAAGUCCCAAGUUUCUCUCUCUCUCUCUCCCUCUCUCUCUCUCUCUCUCUCUCUCUCUCUCUCUCUCUCUCUCUCUCUCUCUCUCUCUCUCUCUCUCUCUCUCUCUCUCUCUCUCUCUCAAUCGUCGUGUUGUACCUUCCCCGCCUCGGUAACGUAAGAAAGAGCGAAAGUAAGAGAGAGAAGGAAAAGUGCACGGAGUCCACAGUAAACAGCGGGACAGAAGAUUACGAUGAGAGAAAGGGUGACCGCGUAAGAAAAGAGGGAAGAACGAAGAAGAAAAACAGUUCAUGAACGAGGGCCAUAUUCCAAGAGUUCGUGUGUCUAUCCCUCUCGGUGUGUCUUGUCUUCUCCUUUCUCUGUGUCUGUCACUUUCUCUGUCUCCCUCUGCCUCUCUUUCUCUUUCUUCGUCGCCUUCCGCACGGCACGAGAGCACCCAGCCUGAGGACCGCGAAGGGACGCUCUCCGCCCGCGCCUCCUCCCGCCGCUGCCCGACGGCGCUCCGGCAGCGCGAUUGCCGUCGUCGGCGCUGGCGGAGCGGGAGAGCGAGAGGGAGAGAGGGAGAGCGAGAGAGUGAGAGGCGAGCGGGAGAUUGUGGCCUCAGUCUCCCGCAAAGUCCCGCGGAGUCUCGACGGAUGUGAGGAGAGGCGGCGUGCGCUGCGCAGGUGUCGGGAGCGGCGGCGGCGGCGGCGGCGGGGAGGAUAGACAACGCUCCGCCACCGGGCCCCCGCGAUACACUGUGAAAUUCGCCCUCCUUGGGAUCGAGCCGUCGGCCGCGCCGGGUCCUCGCCGAUGGCUGCGGCUGCGACUCGGCUCAGGGGCUGCGGGCUUCCUCCGCCGUCGCCCCCGCCGUCUGCUACUGCUGCUGCCGUGGCUACUCCUGCUGCUGUGGCUUCUCCUGCUAUUGCUGCUGGACUCCUCCUCCGGACGCGGCCAUGGCGACGCAACACUCGAAGGCAGUCAGACACAGACGCCGCCAGUUCUCGCUGGUGCUUCGAGUGCGUGCAACAUUUGCAACAUAGCCACCAGGAACUUCGUCCCCCACACUCUCUCUCGCCGCCUCGCUCCCUGGCUUCGGAACUCUGCGUUUUCCCGUCUCCGCCAGUUCCGCCCUGCCGCUGCACUGCCUCCGGUUCGGAAAACAUUCGCAAGAGCAAUUGUGACGUUUCGACUUUUGAAAGAUGAAAAUGUGGAAAAGGAAACGGAAUGAGAGAAGGAGAGAGAGAAGAGAAGAGAGGUGGAAAAAUGGAAAGAAAAUUCGAAAUGGAGGCACGUUGUUUCAAAAGGAACCUCGACAGUGCCCGGGGCGAGGUGUGAAGGCGGCGCCCUCCCCUUGUCUCACUCUACACCCUCACCACGAC